GAAUCUGAGCAUCUAUUUGUUUCAAAAUUCAAUUUUCAAGACACAAGAAAUGGCUUUGUUCAGAGGUCUCUUGAGUGCAAAGAGGAUUAUUGGCCUCUCUGUAGCGGCUACAAGCAAAAGGACAGUUUCAGUGCCAAAGGGGUUUCUUGCGGUGUACGUUGGUGAAGACCAAAUCCAUAAGAAGAGAUAUCUUGUGCCAGUCUCGUAUUUAAGCCAGCCUUCUUUUCAAGAUCUUCUCAGUAAAUCCGAGGACGAGUUUGGAUAUGAUCAUCCAAUGGGUGGUUUAACGAUUCCUUGUCCUGAAGAUACCUUCAUUAACGUGACUUCCAAGCUUCAGUAA